AUGGCCGAAGAAGCUUCUUCAUUCCGGGACGCCACGGCGGCUGCGUCGGGGCCGGGCCUCGCAGCUGCUUCCGACUCGGUUGCCGCUGAGCAGCAGCCCAAGAGAAUCCCCAAGGGAGUCGUGCUGGGAAAAGAUGGCAAGCCAUGCCGCAGCUGCACCUCAUUCGCCUCAUGGGCCGCCCAAGCCAAGCAGACGACCAAGAAAGACGCCCCUGCCGGCAGCAGCGCCGUAUCCACGACGACCUCCGGCCCUCCGCCCGACUGCCCGCCCGACGUCGAGACCCUCGGCCGCAGCACCUGGACGCUGCUGCACUCCAUCGCGGCGACGUACCCGGAGCAGCCGUCGCGGACGCAGCAGUCGGACCUGCUGAGCUUCGUCGGGCUCUUCUCCAAGCUGUACCCGUGCUGGGUGUGCGCCGAGGACUUCCAGGGCUACAUGGCGCGGCAGAGGCCGCAGGUGUCGAGCCGGGACGAGUUCGCGCAGUGGCUGUGCCGCGCGCACAACGACGUCAACAGGAAGCUGGGGAAGCCCGAGUUCGACUGUUCCAAGGUGGACGAGCGGUGGAGGACGGGAUGGAAGGACGGUCGAUGCGACUGA